CCCGCCUGCAUGCAUAGAGGCGCCGCUCCCACAGCACUGCAAAUAAACGUGCUGACAAGCUGGGUUCUUCUAAAUCGAACGAUUCUAAUCUUGGAAAGUUUGUUCCGACAAGAAAUACAACACUGUCCUCCUUUACCUACAUCGAAAAACCCCACAGCCCGGCAGAAGCCAUGCCCUGUGUUCAGGCUCAGUAUGGGUCAUCGCCUCAAGGAGCCAGCCCAGCUUCCCAGAGCUACACUUACCACUCUUCAGGAGAAUACAGCUCCGAUUUCUUAACUCCAGAGUUUGUCAAGUUUAGCAUGGACCUCACCAACACUGAAAUCACUGCCACCACUUCUCUCCCCAGCUUUAGUACCUUUAUGGACAACUACAACACAAGUUACGACGUCAAGCCUCCUUGCUUGUACCAAAUGCCCCUCUCCGGCCAGCAGUCUUCUGUAAAAGUGGAAGAUAUACAGAUGCACGGCUACCAACAGCACGGCCACCUACCGCCCCAAAGCGAGGAGAUGAUGUCCCAUUCAGGCUCAGUCUACUACAAACCUUCAUCGCCCCCCACUUCCAGUACCCCCGGUUUCCCUGUCCAACACAGCCCAAUGUGGGAUAACCAUGGCUCUCUGCACAGUUUCAAUCAAAACUAUGUGGCCACCAGAGGAGGUCAUGUCCCCAGGCUUUCCUUGUUCUCUUUUAAACAGUCUCCACCUGGAACGCCUGUGUCUAGUUGCCAGAUGCGGUUUGAUGGCCACCAUGUGUCUAUGAACCCCGAAACCUCAGGAGCCCACCAUGUAAUAGACGGACAGACAUUUGCAGUCCCCAAUCCCAUCAGAAAACAGGCAUCUAUGGGCUUCCCUGGGCUACAGCUUGGUCAUGCGUCGCAACUAAUAGACAGCCAGGUACCUUCACCGCCUUCUAGAGGGUCUCCAUCAAACGAGGGUCUCUGUGCUGUUUGUGGGGACAACGCUGCUUGCCAACACUAUGGAGUUCGUACAUGUGAAGGAUGUAAAGGGUUCUUCAAGCGCACAGUGCAGAAAAAUGCCAAAUAUGUUUGUUUAGCGAAUAAGAACUGUCCGGUGGACAAAAGGCGUAGGAAUAGAUGUCAGUACUGCCGGUUCCAGAAGUGUCUGGUUGUCGGUAUGGUCAAAGAAGUGGUCCGCACAGACAGUUUAAAAGGUCGGAGGGGUCGCUUGCCAUCUAAGCCCAAGAGUCCCCAGGAACCAUCGCCCCCCAGUCCCCCAGUGAGUCUGAUCAGUGCACUAGUGAGAGCCCACGUCGACUCCAAUCCGGCAGUGAGCAGUCUGGACUAUUCUAGGUUUCAGGCUAACCCAGAGUAUCAGAUGAAUGGAGACGAUACACAACACAUCCAACAGUUUUAUGAUCUGCUGACCGGUUCCAUGGAGAUCAUUAGAGGUUGGGCAGAGAAGAUCCCAGGAUUCUCUGAGCUGCACAAACAGGACCAAGACCUGCUCUUUGAGUCUGCUUUCCUGGAACUUUUUGUCUUGCGACUGGCAUACAGGUCUAACCCAGCAGAGGGUAAACUCAUCUUCUGCAAUGGGGUUGUACUCAACAGACUGCAGUGUGUUCGUGGUUUUGGAGAAUGGAUAGAUUCCAUCGUGGACUUUUCUUCCAACUUGCACAGCAUGAACAUAGAUAUAUCAGCGUUCUCCUGUAUUGCAGCCCUGGCCGUGAUUACAGAGAGACACGGAUUGAAAGAACCAAAAAGAGUAGAAGAACUCCAGAAUAAAAUUGUAAACUGCCUCAAAGACCAUGUGACUUUUAAUAAUGGGGGGUUAAAUCGGCCCAAUUACCUUUCCAAACUCUUAGGGAAACUGCCUGAACUUCGCACUUUGUGCACCCAAGGACUGCAACGCAUAUUCUACCUGAAGCUGGAAGACUUGGUACCUCCACCUGCCAUCAUUGACAAAUUGUUUCUGGACACAUUACCGUUUUAAAGACUGGUUUGAUUAAACUCUAAAGAGAACAUUACCUGGCUGUAGGACAUGGUAACAGCUUCAGCUUGUGUGCCAAAAAAUAUGCCAGCGGACUACCCUGGCACCUCUGCCAAUUGCUGAGGGAUUCGGGGCACAGCAGCGGCUGGCAUGGAUUCACCAAUAGGAACAAGACACUUCUUCCCAACUUAUUUUUGUUUCUUUGUUUUUUGUUUGGUUAUUACUUAUCGGCUGCCAUCAAUCGUUUCUUUUUUCUCUAAAUCGACGACUGCUGAAUAACUACUAGCGCAAAGAAAAGAAUUCAUUGAGACAAAGUAUUAAGGUGCCCACCCAUACCACCCCCCCAUUUCUGAAGGAGGGAGAGGGGAGUUGGGGGGGGGGCGACUGACAGUUUUCUGUUGUAAAAGAAAGCUUGUAAUAAAUUUGUUUAACUCUAUGUUAAGUGGAUGGCAUGACAGAAGGCAAAGGCUUGUAUAUGUAUAAGAUACACAGUUUUAGCUAUUUUUAAUGAUAUUGUGCCUAUUUAUGAAUAAAUAUUAAACCGAUUCUAAAAGCUGUGUUUGCAAAACCAGAUACAAAGAAAUAAAAUUAAAUAAAAGAAAAAAAAAACCUAAAAAAAGAAGAAAAAAAAAAAAGAAAAAACAGUUAUCUGACUGAAAGGGGAGCAUGUUUAUACCUACUAGGUCGGGGAAAGAAAUGCUAUAGGCAAUUGCUAUUUCAGUAAUGUCUAUAUUAUAUAAAUAGUAUUCAGACACUAUGUAGUCUGUUAGAUUUUAUAAAGAAUUGGUAGUUAGGCGAGGUUCCCAUUUUUCUCAGCUGUAAUAUACCCAGAACAGAGGGAUUACAUAGUGUUUGUAACACCGUCCAACAUUCCUUGUUUGUAAGUGUUGUAUGUACUGUUGAUGUUGGGAAAAAAAUGACAAAAAACUUUAUAUCUUGAAUUAUUUUCUUGUCCAAGGCGAAACUUGCAUGCAGACUUGCUUCAAACGGUUUCCAGAGUGCACACAUGCAACAACUGCCUGGAAAUGACUGAGCACUUUGACAUUUUUUUAAUGUCUUAAAUAUGUCAGUUAAUAUAUUAUUUCAUGUUUCAGUAAAAUUUGUUAUAUUGCC